GCCACUCUUUUUUCUCAUUGGUUUGUGGCUCAUUUCUGCUUCUGCUAAUUUUAUUUGGUUGUCCUUUUCCUUGUUUUUGCUGCUGCCGCUGUUGUUGUUCUUGUUGUUUAUGACCGGAAUGAGUUCUGGUGCGGGCUUUGGAUUGGCUCGUUCUACAGGAGAUGGAAGUGGAAGUGGGUAUAAAAAUGGGAAUAUGUUAGGUUUUCCAUUGACUCGAGGUAGUUAUGAUGAGGCUCAUGAUCAAGAGGUUAAUUACGUGGAGAAAUGUCUCAAAAACCGACAUGUUCGGUACAAUGAAGUUUUAGGCAAGGGCGCAUUCAAGACUGUGUACAAAGCGUUUGACCAAGUUGAUGGGAUAGAAGUUGCAUGGAACCGAAUCAAACUAGAUGAUGUGUUGCGGUCACCUGAGGAUUUGGAAAAAUUGUACUCCGAGGUUCAUCUUCUUAGACAACUGAAGCAUGAAAACAUUAUCAAAUUCUAUGAUUCUUGGAUCGAUGAAAAAAGGAAGACCAUUAACAUGAUCACAGAGCUUUUCACAUCUGGGAGCCUGAGGCAGUACCGGAGAAAGCACAAAACUGUUGAUAUGAAGGCUAUAAAGAACUGGUCUAGGCAGAUUCUCCGAGGUUUAGACUAUCUUCAUAGUCAGAACCCGCCUGUCAUUCAUAGGGAUCUCAAGUGUGACAAUAUUUUUGUUAAUGGAAAUCAAGGAGAAGUUAAGAUUGGUGACCUUGGAUUGGCAACAAUCCUGCAGCAACCUACUGCUAAAAGUGUUAUUGGAACCCCGGAAUUUAUGGCUCCAGAGCUUUACGAGGAGGAAUACAAUGAACUCGUCGACAUAUAUUCCUUUGGACUGUGCUUGUUGGAAAUGGUGACUUUGGAAUAUCCUUAUUGUGAAUGCAAAAAUCCAGCUCAAAUUUAUCGGAAAGUUACAUCGGGUGUUAAACCUGCUUCUCUUGGCAAGGUGGCUUCUCCUGAGGUCAAAGAAUUCAUUGAGAAAUGCUUGGUUCCAGCUUCUCAAAGGUUGUCCGCUAAGGAACUUCUUAAAGAGCCCUUUCUUCAAAUUGAGCACUCAGAAGUACCUACUCGUGAUUCAUUGCGAAUACCUAAUGAAGCACCUAGAUUUUUAAGUUCAUCCAAUUCCGGGUCUCGUUCUAUGGACAUAGAUCAUGAAUAUAACCAGUCUGUCUGUGCAGAAUACAAUUAUGGAGGUUCUUGUUCUUUAGUGUUGGAGUUUAAACGGUUACAUCUGAACAAUGAGUUUAGAUUGAAGGGGAAGAAAAACGAUGACAACUCGGUCUCAUUAACCUUGCGGAUUGCAGAUCAAGGAGGCCGAGUUAGGAACAUACACUUUUUGUUUUACCUUGAUUCAGACACGGCACAUGCUGUUGCAGCCGAGAUGGUUGAGCAGCUAGAUUUAGCAGAACACGAUGUAGCUUUCAUUGCUGACUUUAUUGAUUUCCUAAUUAUGAGAAUUUUGCCCGGAUGGAAGCCUUCGUCUGAUUGUUGUCACUCGAGUGGGGGAAGAAGUGCGAGUGGGCUAACAUUGAUGGGCGAUCAAUGGGAGACGCCCUUGUCUGGCAGUCCAUUACCAUUAAUGGUCAAGCAAGAUGAUGCGUAUGAGUACCAUAUUGAUCCUCGUACUUUUGUACCAACUGCAGCCGAUGGAAAUAGCUUACAUGGGAACUCCAAUUUUGCAUCUCCCCAUCUUACAUUUAUUUUAUCUCCAUGUUCGAAUAACUUGUCAUACGGAUCAGCUACUUCUGAGGUUGUCUUUGGUGAAGACUGUUUGAGAAUGAUUGAGAUGUGUAAAGGUUCGAGUGGUGAAGUCUCUGAAAUGGAGUUUAGGGAUCUGUAUUAUAACGAAAGUAGAAUGCACGCAACUGAAAGUGGCAAUGUUGAAUGUCCCCAAGAAAUGGUUUCCAAAAAUGUGGGGAGACUAAAAACAAGCAGCUCGACUUUGGUAAUAAAAGAUCCGGAGACAGAGCUGAAGUCGGAGCUUGAUGCAAUAGAAAUACAAUAUCAGCAAUGGUUUCAAGAACUUUCAAGGAUGAAGCAAGAAGCGGUGGAGGCCACCAAGAAAAGAUGGAUGACCAAAAAUAAAGUGGUGGUUCAUUGAGCUGCUACUGCUGUUUGUCUCUCUCCCUGCCCAUGUCCAAGUCUUUUUUUUCUUUCUCUUUUAUUUUUUAGUUGAGGACUUAAUUCUUUGUUUUCUAAUUCUUUGUUGUUUUUGGGUUGCUUUGUGUUGUAACUAUGGAACCUCGUUAAUUGGAUGUGGCUUCCGAUGCAGAACUAAUCAUCUCUUGAAACCCAGGUGAAAUGGCUCUUUUGUACAUAACUAUUGACUUCUGAAUAUAUUUCCAUUUCAUU